AGUCAGUCAUCCAGCCGGCAAAAAAUUCUUUCUUUUCCAUUGUGCCUGCCGUGUUUUUCCCCCACUUCCUUCCUUCCUUCCUUCUUCCCAUUAAAUCCCUUUCAGAUCUGCAAUCUCUUGGGCUCCCAAUUUCACUAAAAAACCCUAUGUCAGUUAAACAACCCUAGGUAGAUAGAUUGCAGAUGAAGGCAGGCACGGGCACAGGGCAGUGGUUCACGAUCGGGCUUGUGUCGUCAUGGUACGCAUCCAACAUCGGGGUACUCCUUCUGAACAAGUACCUGCUAAGCAACUACGGAUUCAAGUACCCGAUCUUUCUGACCAUGUGCCACAUGACUGCUUGUUCCUUGCUGAGUUACAUUGCCAUCGUUUGGAUGAAGACGGUGCCCUUGCAGACUAUUAGGUCUAGGGCUCAGUUUAUGAAGAUCUCGGUGCUUAGCUUAGUGUUUUGUGCGUCGGUGGUGAGUGGCAACGUCUCGCUUAGGUAUCUGCCCGUCUCCUUCACGCAGGCGGUUGGAGCCACCACUCCUUUUUUUACUGCUGUCUUUGCUUAUAUUAUGACCGUCAAGAGGGAGGCUUGGUUGACCUAUUUGACUCUGGUGCCUGUUGUCACCGGUGUUGUCAUUGCCAGCGGGGGUGAACCAAGUUUCCAUUUAUUUGGUUUUAUCAUGUGUAUCGGUGCUACAGCUGCAAGAGCAUUAAAGUCAGUGCUUCAAGGGAUAUUAUUGUCCUCAGACGGGGAAAAACUGAAUUCCAUGAACCUAUUGUUGUACAUGGCGCCAGUAGCAGUUGUGAUAUUGCUUCCAGCAACAUUGUUGAUGGAAGACAAUGUGGUUGGCAUCACCAUAGCUCUUGCUCGAAAAGAUGUGAAUGUGGUUUGGUAUCUGCUCUUCAAUUCUGCAAUGGCGUAUUGUGUAAACUUGACCAAUUUCUUGGUUACUAAGCACACAAGCGCUUUGACACUCCAGGUGCUUGGAAAUGCUAAAGGGGCGGUUGCUGUUGUGGUGUCGAUAUUGAUAUUCAAGAAUCCAGUGUCGGUAACAGGGAUGCUAGGAUAUUUGCUGACUGUGUUGGGAGUGAUCCUCUAUAGCGAAGCCAAGAAGAGGACCAAGUAAACCUAACAUCCUUGAGACCAAAUUUUUUAGCUUAAUUCUUUUUGGGAGAAAACAAAACACACUUUAAAGUCCAUUUUUUUAAUUUGUAUCCUGUGACGUGAAUAUGCGUCUACUACGAUUGUAUAAAUACUGUAGAAUUAAAACAUCUAUACCUGACCGUUGCCUUCAA